AUGGUUGUCCCAACAGCUUCCAAGGUUCAAGGCGUGGAGUUUAUCUCGAAAGAUGCUACCGAACCCAACAGUGACGCACCACGGAAAGUCGUAUUACAAUUUCCCAUGGAUGGGAGCUCGGUAGGGAUACCUCGCAUGUUCGACAACAACUGUAUGAGUCGCGAACAUGGUCACCUAGAAUUGCGGGCGGAUGGAAAGAUCAUCCUGCACGACAACUCCACGUUCGGUACGUUCAUCUACUGGGGAAGGGGAAGCAAGACACUGUCCAAAGGGGAGCACUACCAGGUCAAGCAUGGCGACUCCAUUAUCUUUGGUUCCACGAAAUACGAACCAAAGGGUUCUUUCGCUGUACGAGUGGUAAUGCAAGUCAUCGACAAUGAGUUCUUGACACCACCCCCGGUUGCAGAAACUCCUUCCAAGCUCACCGUGCCCAAGCAAGGCCAUCGAAAGAACAAAUCGGACUCCAACCUGCCGAAUGCAGUGAAAUACAGAGACAACGAUCCUAAACGUCUUUCCGGUCAGCAUAAGCACUUGGACGUUCAACCAGAUAAUACGCCUAUUCGAUCCCGUUCUCCGUCGCCGACAGCAAUGAAAAAGGAUGUCGCAUCACACAAGGUAACCAAGCUGGACCGAGAGUUAACUAUCCCGGCGAGACCUGGUAUCCGACUAGGUGAUGGGGUAGAUGUUUUGACGGGCGAUAUUAUGAGAUGCGCGCUCGCAUCCACCGCCAGUACUCCUCUGCGGAACAGCGCCGUUCCAGAGGCGAGGGGAUCGGCCAACAUUAUCUCCCACGAAACCCUCUAUACAUUGCGCAGUGAAUACGGCGCUAAUGUUGGUGCUAAGAUCAAUCUCCCCUGCCCGGUGGACAUAGGGGCGGACGUCAGAUCCCUAUUUGCGAGGGAGUCGCACAAAAGGGCUUCAAUCUUCUUCGUUCAGUAUCAAGCAGAAGGUAAAUUCCCUAUGGAAAGACUAGAGGAUCCCACUCUCAAGAACCGAUUGCAAAAUAUGUCCCCCUCCGCGUUUCGAAAUAUGUAUGGCGACUACUUUGUUGACGGCAUCAUUAAUGGAUACAGACACCGAAUCAUCGUGGCAUGCUCAGCCAAGGACGUCAGCAAGAAGAAGGAAACGGAGCACGAAGCCAGGGUUUCUGUGGCUAAUUUCUUUCAAAUGGGAGGUCAAUACGCUAAGGAUACACAAACAUCAGAGAGUUAUAACGUCCUCGAUGCCAGAAUCGAACUCUAUGGCUAUCCCGUUGCCACAACCAACUUGGCAGCGGGUUCUUUAGAGGAAGCGCGCGAAAUCCUGAAAGGCUUACCUACACCCAUGGGCUCGCCCACAUUGGUUCUCCUGCGCCACUAUAGCCUUCUUGACUACUGCAAACUUCCGAUGGAAGUGGACGUCGACCCCGCUGUUUUCAAACAUCUUCAGAAGAUGCGUGUGCUUUAUGUCCAGUUGCAGGCGACAAUGUUGCAUCCCAGCCUCGUCGGGUCGUACGACGAGUAUCGAGUAUCAAAUGCUACAAACGAAUUCGAAGAGCAACGGACCAAUCUGGCCCAAGAUUCACCUGAAGCUCUAAAGAAACGAACCUCGAUCCUAAAGAGUCUUCAAGAUGCUAAGGAAGCCGCCGACGCUCGCGUAAAUCGGUGGCUGCUGGUCGAGGAGGCUAAGGAGAUGGACAAGAUCAGGUGUUUCGGGCCUGAUAAUCAACGCUACAAAUGGGAGUGUGGUUCUCUGGGGAAGUCGGAAGCUGGAAUAUCUGGUAUGAAGUUCGUCCGGAUGAAGGGCGGGCAGGAAGCUAGAGAAAUUGACUGGACGACACCGAAGACUGCGGGGAGCAAACUUGGGUCUUUGAUAGGCCCUCCACCGUUCCAGCGGGUGAAGUUUUGGUCUGAAAACAUGAAGACCGUAAUCCGGGGGCAUGAGGCUGUUGCGCAGACAAAUGUGUCAGGAUUCAGCCGGAGCACCGUCGAGACCAGGUUCAUCGUUUUGGGUUGGUCGUUGUCGUGCAUUUGGAAGGGCAAGACAACGCCGAAGGUUAUAGCCUCACUACCAAACAACUGUAUCCUCCAGGAUGAGUUCGAGAGUGACAUUCGUAGAGGAAUAUCACUGACUUGUUAA